GGGGCCGGUCGGGCCCGCCCCUCUCCUCCCUCGCGCCUCCUCCUUCUCCGACCUCCGCUGCCCGCGCGCGCUGGGCUCCCCCGCGCCGGGUUUCCUGUUUAAGAUGGCGUCCCCCGCAGCAGCGCAGGCCCGGAAACUUCUGCGAGACCUGAUGCUUCGGCCCCCGCUCUUGGCGGCCAGGUCUCAGGCAGUUCAAUUAACCCCCCGAAGAUGGCUGAACCUGCAGGAAUACCAGAGCAAGAAACUCAUGUCUGACCAUGGAGUUCGAGUUCAAAGAUUCAUUGUAGCAGACACUGCAAAGGAAGCUCUGGAGGCUGCUAAGAAACUAAAUGCAAAAGAAUUUGUUUUAAAAGCCCAGAUCUUAGCUGGAGGAAGAGGAAAAGGUGUCUUCAGUAGCGGUUUAAAAGGAGGCGUUCAUUUAACAAAAGACCCUCAAGUUGUGGGACAGCUGGCUAAACAGAUGAUUGGGUAUAAUCUAGCAACGAAACAAACUCCAAAAGAAGGUGUAAAAGUUAACAAGGUGAUGGUUGCUGAGGCCUUGGACAUUUCCAGAGAAACCUACCUGGCCAUUCUGAUGGACCGGUCCUGCAAUGGCCCAGUAAUGGUGGGCAGCCCUCAGGGGGGCGUUGAUAUUGAAGAGGUGGCAGCUUCUAAUCCAGAACUUAUUUUUAAGGAGCAAGUUGACAUUAUGGAAGGGGUAAAGGACAGCCAAGCUCAGCGGAUGGCAGAAAAUCUAGGCUUCCUUGGGCCUUUGAAAAACCAGGCUGCAGAUCAAAUUAAGAAGCUGUACAAUCUCUUCCUGAAAAUUGAUGCAACUCAAGUGGAAGUGAAUCCCUUUGGUGAAACUCCAGAAGGACAAGUUGUCUGUUUUGAUGCAAAGAUAAACUUUGAUGACAAUGCAGAAUUCCGACAAAAGGACAUAUUUGCCAUGGAUGACAAAUCAGAGAAUGAACCCAUUGAAAACGAAGCUGCCAAAUAUGAUCUAAAAUAUAUAGGACUGGAUGGGAACAUUGCCUGCUUUGUGAACGGUGCUGGACUAGCCAUGGCUACUUGUGACAUUAUCUUCCUGAAUGGUGGGAAGCCAGCCAACUUCUUGGAUCUUGGUGGUGGCGUAAAGGAAGCUCAAGUGUAUCAAGCUUUCAAACUGCUGACCGCCGAUCCUAAGGUGGAAGCCAUCCUUGUCAAUAUUUUUGGUGGAAUCGUCAACUGUGCCAUCAUUGCCAAUGGGAUCACCAAAGCCUGCCGGGAGCUGGAACUCAAGGUGCCCCUGGUGGUCCGGCUGGAAGGAACCAAUGUCCACGAGGCCCAGAACAUUCUCAAUAACAGUGGACUCCCCAUUACUUCGGCCGUCGACUUGGAGGAUGCAGCCAAGAAGUCUGUGGCCAGCGUGGCCAAGAAAUGACAUCUCUGUCCUGACCCCUUGGAGGAAGAAGUCCAUUUUGCCAGAAAAAGUAAUGUUUUUGUCAUCACUGUGAAGGAAAUGAUUAUCCCAUUGGGGGAAAAAGGAGAAAGGAUGAGGCAGGGGAUGAAUCACUGUACCUAAGUUCUUAAAUCUGCAUUUCUGCGUUUUCUUGAAUAAGACAGCUAGACAGCCAAAUAAUCUGAUUUCCCUUAGAACCUUUAUCCAUGUCCUGUUCUCAUACUUCUCCAUCAUGGUAAGCCUGCUCAGUAGGCAUGUCUCACCAACUUUGGGGGAGCAGUCUGUUUGGCCAAACAGUGUGUGUAUAUACAUAGAAUUUGAGAACAGACCUUGGUUCAUUUACAACAAUUUUUAAUUAAAAAAAAAAUUGCAUGCUGUAAAAAACUCAAGAUUCCAUUUGACAGACUAUCAAAAAGGCACAGCUAAGACAUUCAGAAGUGUUGUGCACACUGCAACAGCUUCUACGAGUUUCUAAUUCCAAUGCUUAGAAAAUCCCUGAAUGUUCCAAAACAUACUAUCGUACAGUAGAUGAUCCACAUUAAUAUCCCACAUGUGUAUUGGACUGUUUGCCUUAAUAUUGAAUAUGCUGUUUACCUCACACUGAAAAUCACAGCCAGAAGCCUUAUUUGUGAUUUUGGCAUAGAAGGGUCUAUUUCAAUGUCAAAACUGAAGAAUGCUGAUUCUUAUGGAAAUCUCCAUAAUUAAGUCAUUUCAAGACAAGACCGUGCUGAAGAUCAAAUUCUGUUGUGUUGGUAUCUUUUCUCCCUCUCUUGUCCGUCCAGAAUCUACCAGCUGGGAAAAUGUAAUUGAGAGAAUGUGGCUUUUUCUCAUAAUGUCCAUUUCUGUGGUGGGAAGGAAUUUGAAUUGAGUCUUUGUUUAAAUUUUGGUAAAUUUUUAUCUGUACGCAAAUUUAAAUAAAAUUAUGUUUUUUAAGCUCUAA